CUGAUCAUACAAAGAGCCUCUCCAUCUAGAGCUUAAUUUGUUAUCAGAUACAAGGAAGGGAUAUUGGUAGUGACAUGGAAACAAUAAUCUCAUCCACAAGGGAUAGUGAGAGUGGCUUUUGUUCAUUAACAGGUAUCUACUACAGCAAAUGGGAGUCACCAAACAUUCCUACAACUCCGUCUCUUUCCCUCCCUUCAUUUCUUCUCUCCCAACUCUCCCCUCGACACUUGAAAAAACCAGCUUAUAUAGACUCGGUCUCUGGUAAGUCCCUCACUUACCAAGAGCUUCGAUCACUCUCAAUUGGCAUAGCCAGCACUCUACGUUCUUCUUUCGGUAUUAAAAAAGGCGAUAUUGUUCUUGUGGUUUCCUCAAAUUCCAUUCAUUUCCCUCUACUAAUUCUUUCCAUAAUGUCAAUGGGAGCAAUUUUUACCACAGCUAAUCCAUUAUACAGCACACAAGAAUUACACUGUCAAAUUCAAGACUCAAAUCCUGUACUAGUAUUUACAACCCACGAGUUUAAGUCGAAAUUUGACGGUAUGAUAUUAAAGAACCGUGUCCUGUUAGUUGAAGAAUUCAUGUACAACUUGUUAGUAAACACACCUACUAAAUCAUCCAGCAGCAUUCCUAGCAAUAUCAAAUUAGAUGAUAUUGCUGCUUUAAUGUACUCUUCGGGAACAACCGGGAAGAGCAAAGCAGUGGUUUGCUCACACCGGAACUUGGUUUCCAUGGGUGGCUUACUAAGACACGUUUGGAAAACUGAAGGAGGUGGUGAUGACGGAUCAAACGACGUUUACAUGUGUGUUGUACCAUUGUUUCACAUGUUUGGGUUAUCCAUGAUGGUCUGUGGGGUACUAGCUGCUAGAUCAACAGCCGUGCUUGUUAAAAAGUAUUCCGUUGAGGAGAUGCUCAGCGGUAUUGAGAGGUACAACGUAACGAGGCUUCCGGUAGCUCCACCAGUGGUGGUUCAGAUGGUGAGGUUUCAAAACAAGAUGAGUAAGUAUAACUUGAAAUCUCUUAAAGAGGUGAUCUGUUCAGGGGCACCCUUAGGGAACGAACACAUUGAAAGAUUUUGCAAGAUCUAUCCCGAGAUAAACCUAACUCAGUGUUAUGGGUUAACCGAAACAAAUGGGCCCAUCACUCUCUGCGAUGGCAGGAGCAGGACCACUACUAGGGAAAUUACAGCAUCAUCAGUUGGAAGGCUUAUUCCAUCUAUGGAAGCUAAGAUCAUCCACGUCAAAACUGGUAAACCCUUGCCACCUUUCAGCCCUGGAGAACUUUGUGUCAGAGGUGUCCCUGUAACCCAAGGUUACUUUAAAAAUGCUGAGGCAACAUUAUUGGCAAUAGACAAAGAUGGAUGGUUGCAUACUGGAGAUUUAUGCUUCAUGGACAAGUUCGGUUUCGUCCAUAUUGUUGAUAGAAUUAAAGAACUCAUCAAGUACAAAGCCUAUCAAGUUGCACCGGCAGAACUCGAGGAAAUCCUAUCGGGUCACCCUGAGAUUAUUGAUGCAGCUGUGACAUCGUACCCAGAUGAAGAAGCAGGAGAAAUCCCAAUGGCUUAUGUGGUGAGAAAUAAGAAGAGUGAAAUUGGAGGAGAAGAUAUUGUGGCGUUUAUGGCUAACAAGGUGGCUCCAUACAAGAAGAUAAGGAAAGUGGUUUUUGUGGAGUGUAUCCCUAGGUCCCCUUCCGGCAAGAUUCUAAGGAAGAACCUCAAAGGCUCAAAGCACUCACCAAAAUUUCUCCAAACCUUUAAAUGAUCGCAUUAACUAGAAAUUUCAUGAUAUUUUCAUACAGAAGUCUCUCUUUUUCAAUAUUGAUACUUGCUACUUUAUUCUUUAAAAUCUAUUCGAUAUAUAAUGUGGAAAUUUAUGAGAACCCAAGUUUAGUUCCUCUCUCUUUUACAAAUCCAUCGUUAGAAUGGUAUAUAUAUGUAUAGACCAAAGUAUAAAAUCUACGAUUAAGAUUAA